CUCAGCUGGUUUGCGCUAAUAUUUUAGAGUGGAAAAUUGUGAUUUUUGACAAAAUGUCGAGAAAAAUAACGUCAGCUGUUAGCAAAAAUCAGAUGGAAGCCAAAGCGACACAGAGUGAGGUGGUAGACGAGCCGAUUUCUGAAGAGGCUGAGGUGUCCGCGGUGUCGUUGACCAGGAUGAGUGGGUUGAGGGUAGGAAGCCUGCUCCGUACUUGGGCUGAAGUGUCCUUGAUCAACUACCUAUCUUCCCAGCCCCUGGACAUUAUAACUUCAGGUGACAGCAUUCGGCGGCGCACCAUCGGAAUACCGGCAAAAGAAUACUCGAUACAAUGCUUCGUGCCCACCGAGCUGCGCAACAAGAGCGACGAGGAUCUCUUUGCGGAGCAGUUCCCUGUCAACAUCACGCCUCUAAUGAACGAGGACCAACUGUGGGGCUGUUUCUAUAAUUUCCCCGAAAUAUACGCUGACGUGUACUCUCCUGUGGUGCGCAUACGCAACAUCGAAGACGUGCCAGAACUUGUGGGCGGAGUUCUGACCAGAGAUAUGGUCACUGCUUGCCUCUCUUACUUGAAACGAACACCAAUUUUAGGAGAUUAUGUGUACAUUAAGCUGGAUCUUUCUUCAAAGCAUUUAAUCAACAUAGACAUACUCCAACACUACAAGUACUUGGUAUACCUGGAUUUAUCAUCUAAUCUGCUUACCGAACUGAACGUGCUCUCCCAUCUCCUAUAUCUACAAUUCCUCUCCGUUGCCUUCAACAGACUCAACACAGUCUUGGAAUACGACACUCCUCAGUGGUUCUUAACUGAGGUGCAUUAUAAAUUUAACUCUGUGAAGAAAAUAAGAGAUCUGACAAUGUUUUGGUCUAUUACGAUACUAGAUUUAUCUCACAACAAUAUAAAAAAUAUUAGCGGACUUGAAAGCUUGAGAUAUCUACGUCGGUUGGAUUUGUCGUUCAACCAUAUUCAGCGUCUAGAAAAUCUGAAUGACCUUCGUUUGCUAUGGCUGGAUGUUUCCUACAACAACAUUUCCAGUUUCGAAAUUGGUUCAUCGACCGGCCUUUGGACGCUGUUACACCUUGAAUAUUUAAAUCUGAACGAGAAUAACUUGACUUCGAUGAAGAUAUUCUCGGGAUGCACCAGACUGCGAGAACUUCACGCGCGUAACAACCGGCUCAGCAUGCUGCUAGAGCUGGCGGUGUACAUGCGUCAGCUGCGGCGCCUCAUCGUCAUCGACCUGCGAGCCAACCCCAUCUGCGCCACGCCGGGCUACAAGGACGUCGUCAUCAACACCUUCCCGAUACUGCUCAGCUUGGACGCUGAGGAACUUGAUCCUGUUGUACAAGUGAGCUACGUAUAG